AGCUCUAAUUGAUGUUUUUUUUUUGUUUAAAACAAUUUUGCAAAAAAAUAAACGCAUUUCCGCCACCUACUACUUAACUGGCUGCCUGCAUGGCGGAGAAAGCUAUGACCAUGGAUGGCACAGUGUCGGAAGCCAAGUACCAGAAACUAGCCAGUGAAUACUCAAAGCUGCGAGCCCAGGCCACAGUGCUGAAAAAGGCCGUGCUGGAGGAACAGGGCAAGGAGGGCGGCCUAAGGGAACAACUGCAGCAGUAUGCCACAUCGCUGCGCCGCACCGAACAGGAGGUCGACUCGCUGGGCUUCCGCAACAAGCAGCUGGAGUCUCGGGUCUCGCAACUACAACAGGAAAUCUCAGUGCACGAGCAGCAGAGGAAGAAAAAGGACAAGGAUUCAGCUCCAAGGCGGGGCCUGCUGGGUGGCACCAGAGUGGAUGUGGGUGACGCCACCGCCUCUGGCGAGGCUGCAUCCCAUGAAGCAAAUGCCGCCCAAGAGGCCCUCAUAUUUGAAGAGCUGCAAAAGAAAAUCAUGGAAAAUGCACAGCUGACGUCAUUGAUUGAUGACAAGCAGCGAGACUUGUUGCUGCACACGGAGCGGAUAGCGACACUCGAACAGAAGCUGGAGAAGCGCAUUGGGGACCAAAACGAACUGGAGAAACGUUUGCGAAAAGAAGUCGAAACAUUGCAGCACAGAAACAGCGAGCUCGAGACCAAACUGGUGGAUGCUGCCAGCAUGCUUGGCAGCGAGGACGCUUUGAGUGCCACCGGCAGUGACAACACGCCGCUGCACAAUCUACAGCAAAACAACUCGAAUCAUGUUGUGCAGCUCACGGCGGAGGAUCGCAUUGCUGUGCUGGAAAAGGAAGCGGCCCAUUGGCGCGCCCAAUACGAGGUGGCCAAGCUGCACCAAAACUUAAACGCGAACCCCAGCAAGGAUCUCAGCAUAUGCAGCUGCAGCACUGCUGCGGCGGGCAUAACCGUCAAGCCAAGCGAACCGGAGGCCAGAGGGAGCCAACGGGCGCGUGAUUCCAUGCAGGAGCCGCCGGAACCGCCCACCAAGGAGCAACUCAUUUACAGCGUAUUCAGCAAAAAGUUCGAAGAUCUGCUGCGGCUAAAGGUACAGGCCGAGUCGAGGCUACGUUCCUUCGAGCUGGAGGUGCAGCAUUUACAAAACUGCCUGGAGAAUGCCACACAUGAACUGAGCGCCAAGGAUGAGCAGCUGGCCAGCCUGGGCGGCGCACUGCAAAUGAUGGAAGAGGAGCUGACGACGACGCGAAUCAAUUAUGAGGAGCAGAUCAGCGUUCUCACCGAGCAAGUGAUUAGUCUCAGCGACCAGCUGGCUGCCUGCAAAUGAACGGAGCCGUUGCGGGCUCCUCUUGUCCCGAUUUCAUGUAUAUUAUUGUAAAAACUAACCAGGCCCAGCCUGUCUGCGUUAUUAUGCAAUAUCCUUCUGCUCCUGCCCCUGCUCCCCCGCUACCCCACUCUUGUUUGUUGUCCAGCAUCGACGUGUAUAUAACUGAACAUAUAUAUGUGUAUCUAUUAAAUAAUUCACUAACGUUUAAC